UAUGCAGCAGGUAGGAUAUUAUAUUUACGCGUUGGGAUGAUGAAAAUAUACACGGUUCUUACAUUCUUAUGGUGUUUAGUCUGUGGUUAUGCGUGCUGCACAGUGUAUUUUGUAGUACUAGGUUAUACAUAGGUAUUGUAAAUCUUCUUCUUUGCUGAUCGUGAGCUGAAAUAUAUGUUUUUUUCUUGUUCAGGGAGAAAGUAACAAAGGCAUAUAUACAAUGAAACCUAAGAACUCAAGUUCUCAAUUGAAAGCACUUGUUGUGGAUGAUGACAGAGUCAACCGAAUGACUCAUCAAGCGCUGUUGAAAAAGGUUGGGGUGGAAAAUCUUGCUUCAGUGGAAAAUGGGAAAAAAGCAGUGGACCUUUACUGCAAUGGUGAAAGUUUUGACCUAAUUCUCAUGGAUAAAGACAUGCCUGUCAUGAAUGGAAUUGAGGCAACAAAGCAACUUCGUUCAAUGGGAAUUCGUGACAUGAUUGUGGGUGUGUCAUCAUCAUCACGUGGUGCAGAGAACGUACAACAAUUCAUGGAAGCAGGACUAGAUGAGUACUACACAAAACCCUUGACUGUUGAUACGCUCAAAGCAAUUCUUGAUAAGAUCAAAUCAUGAAAAUCCAACAUUUUACCAUGUUAGGCAACAACGUGGACAAAUCUCUAUGUUGAAUAAUGUGAUAUGUUUCUAUAAAAUGUAGAGAAAAGUUCAACAUCGUCUUUUAUUCAUCAACAAUAUUGUCAACUUGUAGCAGUUCAUUG